AUGGUACUUGGCUACAGGCACAUCUUGUUUCAAGAACAUACAAGAAAGGGCAAGCUUAAAGGCAUCACAAAGGCCAAGCGGUCAGAGAAUGGACUCAGCUACAAGCACAUCUUGUUUCAAAAACAGACAAGAAAGGGCAAGCUUAAGGAUAAGGCUGGUAAUGAAGGUGAUGGUGACAAAGAAGCUUGCUCUGAACCUUUAAGUUCUAACGCACUGUUAGAAAAAAAGGACACAUCUUCACGCACAUCUGGUUACAAGUACAGAGAAGAAAGGGCAUGUAAUGAAGGUGGUGGUGACGAAGAAGCUUGCUCUGAACCUGUAAGUUCCAACGCACUGUUAGAAAAGGACACAUCUUCACGCACAUCUGGUGUCAAGUACAGAGAAGAAAGGGCGAGCGUAAGGGGUAAUGAAGGUGGUGGUGACGAAGAAGCUUGCUCUGAACCUUUAAGUUCCAAUGCACUGUUAGAAAAGGACACAUCUUCACGCACAUCUGGUUACAAGUACAGAGAAGAAAGGGCGAGCGUAAGUGGUAAUGAAGGUGGUGGUGACGAAGAAGCUUGCUCUGAACCUUUAAGUUCCAAUGCACUGUUAGAAAAGGACAAAUCUUCACGCACAUCUGGUUACAAGUACAGAGAAGAAAGGGCGAGCGUAAGUGACCCUGAAUCUUCUGACACAGACCAUGAUGUGCCAGUAAGACAACCACAUGCAAAACCUGGGCCGUCCACAACUGUAACCAUGUCGGGUCAUCCCAAGAGGCUUCAGAAACUCGGUGAAGACCAGAGUCAUCUUUUGAAGACGCUGUUCAAAACGAAUAUUGCGUUGAGGAAGGAGCUUAAGCGUGAAGACUGUGAAAGAGUAAUGCAAAAAUAUGAAAUUCUACACGGAUUGUCAUGGAAAAAAAUUAAAAAACACGAUUCAUAACUGGAUUACUGCUGAAAAGUGAAAACAAAAAUGAUUUUAUAGCUUUUUAGCCCACCUGCGCACAAUGUUCUCAUGGUGAGCUUUUGUGAUCGCUUUUAGCCCGUUGUCCAUCUUGUGGCAUCAACAUUUGCCUUGUUAAUAUUCUAGAGGUCACAUUAAUUGUCCGAUCUUCAUGAAAUUUUAUUUGACGAUUUGUCCCAAUGAUAUCUUGGAAAAGAUUACAAAUGGUUUCGGUUGGUUGAAAAACAAUAAUUUACACGCCAUAUACUCCAUACUUAAAUCAAUAUUGUUAUAUGCAAAGCAGCAAUGCUUAAA